AUGGUUAAGGAAACCAAGCUCUACGAGACCCUGGGCGUCGCUCCUACAGCUACCGAGCAGGAGUUGAAGAAGGCCUACAAGACCGGUGCCCUAAAGUACCACCCCGACAAGAACGCCCACAACCCCUCUGCCGAGGAGAAGUUCAAGGAGAUCUCCCACGCCUACGAAAUCCUCUCAGAUUCCCAGAAGCGACAGAUUUACGACCAAUAUGGCGAGGCUGGCCUUGAGGGCGGUGCCGGCGGCGGCGGUGGCAUGGCCGCCGAGGACCUCUUCGCUCAGUUCUUCGGUGGUGGUGGCGGCGGCUUCGGCGGCGGCCUUGGCGGCAUGUUCGGUGGCAUGAACCAGCGCGGUCCCCCCAAGGCCCGAACCAUUCACCACACUCACAAGGUCUCACUUGAAGACGUCUACCGUGGCAAGAUCUCUAAGCUGGCUUUGCAACGGUCUAUCAUCUGCCCCAAGUGCGAGGGUCUCGGUGGUAAGGAAGGUGCAGUUAAGAAGUGCCCUGGCUGUGACGGCCAUGGUAUGAAAACCAUGAUGCGCCAGAUGGGCCCCAUGAUCCAGCGAUUCCAGACCGUCUGCCCUGACUGCAACGGCGAGGGUGAGAUCAUCAAGGAGAAGGACCGCUGCAAGCAGUGCAACGGCAAGAAGACCAUCGUCGACCGCAAGGUCCUCCACGUCCACGUCGACAAGGGUGUCCGCAGCGGCACCAAGGUUGAGUUCCGUGGUGAGGGUGACCAAGCGCCUGGAGUCCAGGCUGGUGAUGUAGUCUUCGAGAUUGAGCAGAAGCCCCAUCCUCGCUUCACCCGCAAGGAGGACGACCUUCUCUACAACUGCGACAUCGAGCUGGUCACUGCUCUGGCUGGUGGCACCAUCUUCAUCGAGCACCUCGACGAGCGAUGGCUCAGCAUCGACAUUCUCCCUGGCGAGGCCAUUGCUCAAGAUUCCGUCAAGAUGGUCCGUGGCCAGGGUAUGCCUGCCCCCCGACACCACGACCACGGAAACCUGUACAUCCAGUUCAACGUCAAGUUCCCCGAAAAGAACUGGACCACCGAUGAGGCCGCCUUUGAGUCUCUCCGAAAGAUUCUUCCCGCUCACCUGCAGAACAUCCCCCCGGCCGAGGCCAUGACUGAGCCCGCCGACCUGGAGGACAUGGACGGCCAGACCUCCAACAAGGUCUUUGGCCACCCUGAUGGCAUGAUGGACGACGACGACGAGGAUGGUCACCCCGGUGGCGAGCGCGUGCAGUGCGCUUCGCAGUAA